AGAGGCACUAAUUGCCGUUACUUAAAGGACUCAUCGUGUCAUUUUAUCUCAGUAGAGUGCCGAGGAAGAGCUUCCCAAGAGAGAAUUCCUGAGGUCACACAUGAAGGAUUAUUUAAAGCAUAGAAAGCCAAUGCAAGGCAUCUUGUUUUUACCUAUAUUCAUCGCGGGAUGUCAGCUGGUCAGCGGACUUUUCUUUAAUGGGAUUCGAAUGCAUGAACGCGCCCUACUGGGAUACGAGACUGAAAGAACCAACGCUACAAGUCAACUGAACUGCAUAUUGCAUUGCCAAGCAACGUUGAGUUGUUUUUCAAUCAACAUGCACUAUCCUUCUGACCACGUGAUCACGUGCGAGUUGAACAAUAACACAUACACUCAGAGGCCGAACGCACUAAGGAGUAAGCCUGGGUACGAGUAUUUUGAAUUCACGGAUAUGAAGUGUCUCAAGUGUAGUGACGGUUCCUGUAUUGCAAGAAAAGCUCUACCCGAUGACUGGUACCAGUUGAAUGAUGGACCUAUGUUUAAGAUUUUCCCGCCAAAAUCAUGGAACGCAGCUAAAGUGCACUGCGAAUCCCUCGGUGCUGAGAUAGCGUCCAUCACAAGUGAACUAGAAAACAAGUUUGUCUACGACACUUUGGUGGCUCCACCACCUCCCCCACCGAAAGAUGACCUGAUUGCUGCUUAUUAUAAAUUGGAUGGGUCAGAUGAUAACGUGAGAUUGUAUGGUGGUGCUGAGUACCAACUCGUCGACGGAGCAAAGGCCCUGUUGCUCAACGGCGCAACUGCCUAUGCUACGGUUCCAGCUUUCCACUUCCGUACGACCAGUUUUACCUUCUCCAUGUGGGUCCGUCCUAUUGCUCCUAUCGCCGCAUUUACAACCCUUUUUGGUGAUUGGUCAAUUCCGAUGCAGUUUCGUUUCUUCAUUGAGCCUGGCGGAAAAAUCUGCACCUAUGUAAUAAACUCACAUGGAGCAUACAUGAUAGACUAUACAAGUACAACGAGUCUUGUUUCGGCCAACACCUGGAAUCAUGUAGUGGUGAUCUGGGACCGGCCUCUCAAGACAAUCAGAUACCACGUCAACGGGGUAUUUGGCGGUUCGAAGGUCAUUACUGAGAAUAAUGUGGAUUUCGCACAAAAUGAUCACACCGUGUAUGACAUUGGUUACAAGAGAGACAGUAACCAAGGCUUCAUUAAUGGAUAUGUAAGAGAUCUUGUUGUCACUCGCCGCGAUCUGAAGAAUCACGAGAUUCAAAGACUAUACAACAAUGGCGUUUGGAUUGGCCUCAAUGAUGAAACAACUGAAGGCACGGUGACCUGGGCUGAUGGAAAACCGCUGACGUACAGCAAGCUCGAGACCGCAACCAAUUCUCCUGAAGCGGACUGCGCAAGCAUGUUGCCGCACUUACCAUACUUUUGGCACAUGAAACCAUGUGAUCUGGAAAUGCGAUACAUUUGUCGAAAGAACUGAGUUAUUUCAAGAGAGCAUAAGAUAUGUUAUGCUCUCUUAGUUAUUUCAUUAGGCCAUUCCAGCUAUAAGCAUGCGCGCGCACUCACUAUGGGAACCUACCUCGACUUGCAGCGCGCUCUUCGUUUGAUGCAAGCUUGAAAAAGCGCGCGCUGCAUUCUGGUAGUUGAGGUAGGUUUCUGUGUUUUUUCAUUAUAAUAUCAAACUAUCUUAUCGUUUUGUUAGCCAUAGCUUGCUAGUUUUUACCAUGUUUAUUUUUUUCGGUGUUAUCAGACCCGCAAACUUUUUCGUAUAAAUGGGCAUGUAAAAGUAAGCGAUCUUUAUCCAGGCGCGUACGCGCGUACCUAGGAAGGGUGCGUAGCCCCCCCCCCCCCUUCCUCCUCCCUCUGCCGCAAAAAAGUGGGUCAUUUCUUAUUGAAGGAUCGUCAUAAACUAUACUUUUUUUAAUAAGAUACCGAUGACUGCGCAGCCCCCCCCCCCCCCACCUCAGCUAACCGUUGGUACUCGCCUAUUUCAGCAUUACUUAUUAUUACUAUUAUUAUUAUUAUUAUUACUUGUUGUUUUCAUUUUUAUUAUAACUAUUAUGAUUGUUACUUAUUGUUUUCAUUAUUAUUAAUAUAAUCCCUAUAAUAAUCAGAUAAUAAUGAUUACUCAUUAUUAACAUUAUUAUUUUUAUUAUUAUCUAAUUAUUACUUUCCAUUAAUUAUUAUUACUAUUAUUACUAUUAUUAUCACUACUUAUUGUUUUCAUUUUUAUUAUAACUAUUAUGAUUGAUACUUAUUGUUUUCAUUAUCAGAAAUAUAAUUACUAUAGUAAUAAUAAUAAUAAUUACUCAUCAUUAUUAUUAUUUUUAUCUAAUUAUUAGUUUUCAUAACCUUGUAAUAUUUGAUUGACUUAAUUAUAUAUACAUUGUGAUAAAUUUCUGCUUGAUGAAUUCACGCACGGGACGCGCAACGGUUUUUUUUGGGAGGGACUUCCAACUUAGCUUUCCUAUGCGCAUCCUGUGCCUUGUUUUGCUGUUGCGCGGACAUCCACAGGAAUCCUGAAGCAUCUUUUUGCCAGAGAGCACGUGACCAAAAGAAGUUUUCAUGCUGUUUUUUAACUCUAAACUUGCUUCUCAAAGAUAAGCCUAGAUCUUCUUAACGCGUAUUCACGACGUAGUGUUUGGAAGAAAACAGCUGAACUGUAUUGCAAGCAGUACGACGCACGCUAAGGAUGCGAGAGAGAUGCUAUAUCUUAUAAAUUUAUUAAAAGUAAAUCUUUAUAUUACCAUGCAAAAUUUAAGCCAUAUAGAAACAAAUUAAAUCAUCUUUUUAAAAUAAGUAAAAAAAGAAGGUUUAUUUUUUAGUGUAAUGGUGAUGGAAAGAUAAUUUGGAAAGGUAUUAAGCAAAUAGUAAAUGAGUCAUCAGUUAAUCAAAGAACUGUAAAAAUUGUCAAUAGUGAAAAUGGAAUCACUAAUCCAAAAGAAAUUGCAAAUGAGUUCAACCAUUAUUUCUCUAACGUUGGGAAAAAUAUUUCCAGUGAGAUUCCCAAUGCUAUUUCAAAGCCAAUGGAAUUCCUUGGCAAGUCAGUAUGCAAAAGCUUCUAUGCCUUGCCAUCCUCUAGUAGUGAAAUUGAAAAUAUUAUUUGCGGUUUUAAAAAUGGUAAGGCUGUUGGACCAUCGAGUAUACCAGUCAACAUUCUAAAACUUAUUCGUAGUGAUAUAAAAGCCUUUAGAGAUUAUUUUUAAUGCUUCUUUCGGAUCUGGUGUCGUCUCCAGUGACUUUAAGACUGCAAAUGUCAUAGUACGCCGCCUUCAACCCCUUGGUUUAGAAUCAUUUAUUUGUAUCGUUAUUUUAUUAAAGGAAAACUGUUGUAGUCACGCGCUCUUUGAGCAUGCGCAGUUAAGUUCUGAAAGUUGCUCAAUCAUUAUGUUAUCUUAGAGUUACCUUGACUUCAUUGAUUUUUUUGUAAAUACGCAGGGACAAGAGACCAAAUCUGUGAUUUUCCACGCUCUCACCUUUUUGGCUGAUUGGUUCGUUUUGCCGAAUAAAUCCAAUUCUCCUCGUUCCCUCUUGAAUUGUUUUACAUUUAUUUCCUUUCAUGUGGGACUACCACAUGGAUUGCUGUCUGGUCCAAGCGUAUAAAUAUGGAGAGCCUUAGUGCUGUAUGUUGUGUGGUUACGACUGUGAACAAUUAAAGCACUCGUCUUCGCCU